AAUCGUCCAAUGUGUGUUCACUUUAGCCACCCUUUGGGUCCAAGGGCGUUGGCCAAGAGUGGUUACAAGUUUUUGUCGAAAAGGCAUGUACGUAACAUAGCGGUAGAUAGAUGGCAUAGGUUUGGGGUUUCACCAUUGAUUACGCCUUUUACCCCUGCUGCGUCAUAUGCUUUUUCCAGCGGUACCUCCAUACCACCCAAAUCGCAAAAUCCGAAGACUUCAGACUCAAAAACGAAUCAUGAAGACAGGUUUAUGUUAUUACAGCGUCAAUUUGCUAGCAAUCCACAUGUUGAACCGCUGAAAGAGGCGGAUUCCAUAAGCACUACGCUUUUAGGUGUAUUUAUCGCAUUAUUUGGUAUCACCUUUGCUUGUGUGCCUCUCUACGAAUUUUUCUGUCAACAGUCAGGUUAUAUGGGCACGACUAAAAAGGUGAAGACAUACAAACCACCACCGGAAAAACGUGGUGAACGUAUGUUCGAUAUAGACUUUGUUACUCACUCUCACUUGAAAUGGGAUUUUAUGCCAGCACAACGCAAUGUUGUUGUGGGUGCUGGUGAGACCACUCUUGCUUUUUAUACGGCUAAGAAUUUAACUGAUGAACCACUUAUUGGUGUUGCCGCAUAUCAUGUGAUCCCCGAUGAGGCCGGUGCUUACUUUAAUAAGAUACAGUGUUUUUGUUUUGAAGAGCAGAUGUUGCAUCCGGGUGAAGAGGUUGACCUCCCCGUGUUGUUUUUUCUGGAUCCCGACAUUCUAAAGGACAAACGCUUGUAUGGCGUGGAUAAGAUAACACUGACAUACACUUUUUUCGAGGCCAAUUCAGAGAUACCCCCGGAGUAUACCACUCUGAUAAAACAUAAUGAGCAAAAUACUGUCAAAUGAGA